CACAAUCACAUGAUCGAUCCGCUCGAGUGGCUUCAAAUUUAAGUGAGAGAGGGCCAGUUCUAGAUCUACAACAGUUUGUUUAAUCUUGAUUGAAUACAUGGGAGUAUGGAGGAGAAUCAUCAGCGCUACUACGGUGGAGAGGGGCUACAACACGAUACCACUCAUCAACCACUCUCUCACUACCAGCAACAUCUCAUCUACCAACCCACUGGGUACACAUCUCAGCAACAUGAACAACAUCAUAGGCAGCAACAUGGGCAGCAACAUGAGCAGCAACAUCCCGCCACCUUUGUUGAUGCAACCAGCAGUCAAGCAACCAUGCAAACAUUUCAGGCUGAUACAGGACAAAUGUCGUUUGCCAGCCAACUAGCUGAAAAAGGAUGGCAGCACUCGAUGAGCCCCAGUCUUCCAGUUAUUCCAAGCUCAGUGGCUCCUGCAACCACACCCACUACCAUGCAAACACCGACAUCGGCCAGUCAACCACCCCAACAACGACCAUCUGGUAUCUUGAAGCAAGAGUUACCAGCAAACAAUCAGGCCUCUAGCGCCAGUCAGGUGUCGACGGGUUGGAGUAGCCAUGGGCCUUCCAGGAAGAUUCAAACACAAAUGGCUUUUGAUCGGACUGGGUUAGGACAGCAAGGUGCAGGUCAAAGCACUGCUAGAACCAAUGAUGGUCUUCCACAAGAUUCUUCAAGGAUGCGCAAUUCUGGUGCAUCGAAAGGCUUAGGACAAACUAAACCACUUAGUAGCAAAGGAGACACUGUCCUCAUUUUAUCUUCAGGUAUCAUUGAUGAUAUUACAAAACAUCUUGGAAAAGAUGAGGGAAGUGCUAGGGGUAGAAUCAUGGAAUCUAAUAAAAGACCAGAGACACUGUCUAGAGAUCCAGGUCGGACAAAGUUACCGCCAGCUUCUCAAGAAAAGAAGAUUAUACGGUACAAGAAAAAGUGCGGUAGUGGACUGGUUCAGAACAUCCAUCAAGGGUCAAAGAGUGAGAGUGUGAGGAAAAGCGGAAUUGCUACGGUUACAAACAGGACCAUUGGUACACAGAAGACCAGAACGCUUGCUAUGGUCAGGGAUAGGACGUCGAAUGGACAGAACAUCAGGCCACUUGCUAUGGCCCCAGAUCGGACGGUGUAUGGACAGAAGAUUUGGACAGCUGCCCAGAGGAGGAGAAGUAAUGUGAAACCUGUAAAGAGACAAAGAGAGGAACUAAUUGAGAAAGGUGUUGAGGACUGGUCCCGUUAUGCCUCAUCACAGCAGGGGGAUGAAGAUGAAUGGGUGGAGGAUGGAGAGUGGUAUGAUGAGGAGGAGGAAGAGGAGAAGGAAAGAAGAGACAAGGAGGAGAGGGAAGAGGAGGAGGAGGAUGACAGUGACGGCGAUGAUGAUGAUGAUGAUGACAGUCUAGAGUCAGAUAUAAGUGAGUUAGAGACAGGUGAAGAUUAUAAUAAUGAUUAUGAGGAGGAGGUAAAGCAAGAGGAGAACGAUGAGGACGCUGAUGAGGAUGAUAGCUAUCAGGAGUGGGAUGAUGACGAGAUGGAGACGGAGGAUGAAGAAGAAGAAGACUUGGAUGUUCCACCAUUACCGGAGGGAUUCUGGUACAAGUUUUCCUCAUCUCGUCGUGAUGAAGACCAGAAGAUCGUUGGAGUGACCGCUGAGGAGGAGAUCCCUGCUGGUAAACAGUAUGGACCGCUGGAAGGUGAACUGGUGGGAGAGGAUGAGGGGUGCUUGUCACAGUCAUCUUGGGAGCUGUGCACCAAAAGCAAUGUACUAUUGUACAUAGACGGUGGGUCAGACUGGCUAUCUCAUAUACAGUGUACACAGAGGCAAGCUGAGCAGAACAUGGAAGCAAUACAGCUCUAUGGAAACAUCUACUACAGGACUACAAAGUGCAUUGAACCAGGAAGUGAGCUCAGGGUGUUCUACAGCAAGGAGUAUUCAAACCAUGUUGGGUUCGAUACCGACCUUGGGAAACUCACAUUCCACUCAGAAUUGAAUGCCUUCUCCUGUCCUCGAUGUGAUAUUCAUUACACCGACCCAAAACUUAUGCUAAGACACAUCAAGCUAUCCCACCAAGGCAAAUCAUCUACCGACCUUCGACCUGUCGUUACCUUUGAAACUAGAAGCAAGACUUCAGAAAGCAAGCAAUCUUUGGAGAAAGCGCUGAGAGAGGAGGGUAAGAUGUUCAGACGCGCAACUCAACCUCUGAAGCCUGUAGCUAAUCACCGUACUGAGCAGGAGAGGAGAAAUUCAAGCGAGAUUCCACCUUCAACUAGCCAUAUUCCACCUUCAACUAGCCAUAUGCCAUCUUCAACUAACCAUAUUCCAUCUUCAACUAGCCAUAUUCCGUCUUCAACUAGCCACAAUCCAUCUUCAACUAGCCACAAUCCAUCUUCAACUAGCCACAAUCCAUCUUCAACUAGCCACAAUCCACCUUCAACUAGCCACAAUCCAUCUUCAACUAGCCACAAUCCACCUUCAACUAGCCACAUUCCACCUUCAACUAGCCACAAAACCCACAGACAGACUCUGGAAGGUAAGGAGUCAUCAAAGUCUUCCAGGGAAUUGAACAAGAAUAUUGAAAGUAGAACUCAUGAAGUGAAACCUGAUGUGAAGCCUGCCACCAAGUCUGGGAAAGAUCUUGUUUGCGUGACUUGUUGUAAGACGUUCACCACAGAGGGCAGGCUUCAAGCACACAUGAUGUUUCAUACAUUCACAACUAAACACAAUUGCCCAAUCUGCGGAGAAACACAAUCCAGUAAGCAUAAGCUUGUGAGACACAUGGCUAGCCAUCAAAGAAUGAUCUACCAAUGCCAGCAGUGUCCUAAGACAUACUUCUCACCCAAAUCCUUGUAUUGCCAUGAACAGAAAAUUCACAGGAAGGCGGACAAGUACUACACUUGUAGCAUGUGCCCUUUGCAAUUCAGAUGGAAACAUGGGAUGAGAGAACACGAGAAGGAGCAUGAGAGGAACCAAGAGAGGGCGCCACAGAGAGAACUCACGAUCCAGGAACUCGUCAACCCUGAGAACAGGACGACCCACAAACGUAUAAAGUUGAACAAAGUCAACAAACCAAGAAGAGUGAUACGGAACAUGGAUGUUGUACAUGAAGAUAAUGGGGAUACUUCCAACAAGGAUAUGCUUGGCAAGAAACCAGAUUAUUUUCAGGAUCCUUCGCUUCGAUUCAAGUGUAAAUAUUGCCCAAAGAGAUACACCUCUGUUAGCUGUGUGAAGACCCAUGAGCGAGAGAUCCACGAAGGCAGGGGGAGAUAUAAGUGCUUGUAUUGUCCAAAGCAGUUUGUGGAUCGCUGUCGUUAUGAAAUUCACCAACAGAAACACAACGUUACAGACAAACUCUACAAGUGUACAGAAUGUCCACGUUCCUUCGCAUCCGAGAAUGCCCUGAAGAACCACCAUGGGGAACACACAGGCCUGAAACCAUUUAAGUGCGACGUAUGCGGGAAGGGCUUCGGAAGGAAGGAACUAGUGAAAGCACACGUAGGCAGGGUACACAGUGUGGUAGAGCUCAAGUUUCCAUGCUCGUUCUGCAACAAGAGGUUUGCUAAGCAGUGGGACAUGAAGAAACAUGCGCUCCGGCAUACAGGUAUCCGGCCGCAUGAGUGUGGAAUAUGCGGGAAGGGAUUCACUGCCAAGCAUUCGCUGCAGUUACACGUACGUGCCGUCCAUGAGAAGCUGAAACCUUAUGAGUGUGAUAUAUGUGGAAAGAGAUCUAGCGUCAGUCAUCAUCAUAAUGUACAUGUACUCAUGCACAAGAAAAAAGGACAGCAUAAGCCCAUAGGAGAAGAAAAUAAAAGACUCUGAGUAGAUUCAGAAACUAUGAAUAAAUUUAAGUAUCUUCUUCAAAUUGGGAACAUCCAUUUACAUUCUUCUCACCAAAGAUGACUUGAAAUGCAAAGGUCAUCAUGGGUUUCGCUCCCUGACAUGGCACUAAUGUCCAUAGACAAGGCAUUAAAGGUACUAUGUCCCUUUUGCAGCCAAC